AUGAAGUAUGUAACUUUCCUGUUGACUUUCCCUUUAACUUUCUCUUACAACUUUCUAGUAUUCUGUCCAUUAUUCGGUCAUAGUCACACAACUUUCUUUGCGAAGAUUGCAGACACUCUCUCCGAUGCAGGACAUAAUGUGACAUUUUUCACACCAACCGUCACCAGAAAGUAUGAGAAAAUCAACUACGUGAGAAGUACCAAAAAUGUGAUUCACUUGGAGCCAAGUGAGAAACUUGCUCUGAUUGGAGACAAAUUUCAAAUGAGUGACCCUUCGAAAUUCUGGAAACAAGACUCAUCGAUAUACGAGAUCUUACCAAUGAUUGACACGUUUUUCGAGAUGUUUGUGGAGCUUACUAAAGUGCUCGAGGAGAACUUAGAGCUGUUAGAUAAACUCAAAGAAGAAAAUUUCGAUGUGAUGAUAUUCGAAAAUAUCGUGCCACCUGCUUAUAGUGUCCUAGACUACCUUCAAAUCGAAACCUUCAUUCCUUCGACUUCCAUUGCAUUCGACAAUAGCUUGUUGUAUUCGAUCGGAGAGCCAUUCAUGCCAAGUGCCAUUCCAUUUCCGAUAUCUGAGUUCUCUGAUAGAAUGAGUUUCAGUGAGCGACUUAUCAAUUCAAUCAGUAUUCCGAUCAUGAACACAUUCCUUCCAAAACGAGAAUUCAAAUCUUUCCGUCCACCGUACUCCUUCAUUGAGAUGGCUUCCUUGGAGCCUCUGAGCUCUUUUAUUUUCACAAAUUCCAAUUCAUACAUUGAUUAUCCACGGCCAACACUGGAGAAAAAUGUUCAAAUUGGUGGGAUUUCAGUGGAGAUGGCGAAGUUGAGAAAUAUGAAAGUGGAUGAAGAGUGGGAUCGGAUUCUGAACAUGAGAUCAAAGACAGUUUUGAUUUCCUUUGGUUCUUUUAUGUUGUCAAAGGAUAUGCCAUUGGAGUAUAAAUACCGAUUGGCCUCUGAAACUCUUGCAUUACAGUUCGCUAACCAGCCGGUGAAACCAAAAGAACUAUUAGUGAGACAUGCGGAGUUUGCAGCACGGUUCGGGCGUCUGCCGUCACUGGAUCCAUACUCUCGACACAUGUCAUUCAUUGAGUAUUUUCUGAUUGAUAUUGCUUUUGUUGGAUCGAUUUCUUUGUUUUUGAUCUCAUUUGUAUUGUUUCUCAUCACGAAGCAAACUUUCAGUUUCAUCAGAUUCAUGUUGUCUUCAGCAGCCAAACUGAAAAGUGAUUGA